GCACAAUCUGGGGGACUAGGGUUCAGAGCCCAGCCAGGAUUUUUCUAGGCACUGCGCGGUGUGCUGUGGUGGUGUCGUCGUGCAGUGACUGUUGGCCGUCACGCCUAGUGGUAGUCCGCGUCGGAGCAACCAGCCAGCGGCUUCCGAUUUAAGAGCCAGAACGCCAUUGUCGAUUGAUUUCCUUUGCUUCGACCCAACCCCUCCCUCCCUCCUCGUCUAUCCUUCUCUCUCCCUCCCUUGCUUCCAUUCUCACGCUGCCCGGCUGUGACGAUAAGCAGUUGUCCGGCAAGUCCGACUCUUCCCUUUAAAACAAACGACAAAGUAGCACCCCAGCUCUUCGCCGCCGCCCACAUCGCGCACGUUUGGUCCACACCACAACCAACACACGCCAUGUCCGCCACUCUUCGCCACCGCGCCGCCUCGCCCGCCAAGGCCGGCGACGCCGACAAGAAGGAGCUCCUCCGUGAGGCCGAGGAGCUCGAGCUCACCGAGGGCCAGAAGUUCGUCGUCCCCAACUUCACCACCAAGCAGCUCCUCGACGCCAUCCCGGCGCACUGCUUCAAGCGCUCGGCGUUCAAGUCGUCGCUCUACGUCGUCCAGGACGUGGCCGUCCUCGCCGUCCUUGUCUACGGCGCGUACCACAUCGAGUCGUUCCUGAGCAAGUUCAACCUCUCGACUGCCGCCCUCUGGGGUGCUCGCGCCGCCCUCUGGUCGUUCUACUGGGUCACUGCCGGUCUUUUCGGCACUGGUCUCUGGGUCAUUGCCCACGAGGCCGGCCACCAGGCCUACUCGUCGUCCAAGACGAUCAACAACUCGGUCGGCUGGGUCCUCCACUCUGCCCUUCUCGUCCCUUACCACUCGUGGCGCAUCUCGCACGGCCGUCACCACGCCGCCACUGGCCACCUUACGCGCGACGAGGUCUUCGUCCCCAAGACCCGCUCGCAGAUGGGCUACCCCGAGAUCAAGCACGAGUCCGAGUACAAGGGCAUCAACGUCCCUGCCUGGCGCCAGGCCGAGCUCCGUGAGGCCCUCGCCGAGUCCCCCAUCGGCACCCUCUGGAACCUCUUUGUCCACCAGAUCUUCGGCUGGCCUCUCUACCUCAUCCGCAACGCCUCGGGCCAGCUCCACUACCCCGACGGCACCAGCCACUUCAAGCCUUCGUCGAUCAUCUUCAAGCCUUCGCACUUCUGGCAGAUCAUUGCCUCGGACAUUGGUGUCUUCCUCACCCUCGGUGCUCUUGGUGUCUGGGGCUACUACCGUGGCUUCCAGGAGGUCUUUGCCGUCUACGUGAUCCCCUACCUCUGGGUCAACCACUGGCUCGUCUUCAUCACCUUCCUCCAGCACACCGACCCCCUCCUCCCCCACUACUCUGCCAAGACCUGGACCUUUGCUCGUGGUGCCCUCGCCACCGUUGACCGCAAGUUCCUCGGCCCCAUUGGCAAGUACGUCUUCCACGGUAUCUGCGAGACCCACGUUUCGCACCACACCGCCUCGCGUAUCCCUCACUACAACGCCUGGGAGGCCACCGACGCCCUCAAGAAGUUCCUCGGUGUCCACUACCAGGAGUCGGACGAGAACAUGCUCUACUCGUUCUACCGCAUCUACCGCGAGUGCCUCUUCAUCGAGGACGGUGAGGACAUUGCCUUCUACAAGAACUCUUCGGGCCUCGCCGCCAAGGUCGGCAUCGAGGAGGGUGGCAACAUCUCCGACUCGGGUCUCGACCUCAAGUAAAUGCGCCGCCUCAUUCGGCGCAGGUGCCAUUCUGGCGCGACGGGAUGUGCACACCGCACUGUUACAUUGUUGGUGCACACACCCCACCAUACCCUUUAGAGCGUGCACACCUCUCUAGAGUCUCCUCCCUGGCAUCACUCCUCAUAGACCCCCAUCAUUACCCUGGAAAAUCAAUCAAACGGCUGCGUCGGUUGCGAUUCUCCUGUCACUCCUUUUUGGAAAACACAUGUUUCUGGGCACUCAUCGGCCCAAGACUGUCAUUUUAUGCAUUUAGCUUAGACGAG